AUACACAUGUGUAUCUCAUACUUAAGUGGGUUUGGGGUAGAUAUCACUCGGGAAUAUAUAUCAUAUCUGAGGAGCGGGCAGGAUAUAUUGUAUAUGUCCCACUCCAGGCCAAAUGCGGGCAGAUAUAAUAUAUCCAUCCUGCUCCCGGGAAUUUUUCAAAAGUUUAAAAAAGUUUUAAAAAGUUUUAAAAAGUAUGAGAUACACCAGUUAUGCACGGUCGGUUUGGAUACAUGGAAUAUCCCUUGGGAUAUACAAUACAUCUUCCCUCGGGAUAUACAAUACAUCUUCCCUCGGUCCCUUCGGUCCCUCGGGAAGAUAUAUUGUAUAUCCCUCGGGAUAUUCCCUGUAUGCAAAACCUCCCAGUGCAUAACCCCUAUAUAUGUAAUACAGCAAUGUGAUAAUACCAUGUUGGUUAUUAUCCCAUCGAACGAAGUUCGGAGGGAUAUAGGGAACGCCUCCGUCCGUCCGUCCGUCCGUCCGUCCGUACGUCCGUCCGUACGUACGUCCAUCCGUACGUACGUCCGUCCGUCCGUCUGUCCGUCCGUCCGGGCGAUAACUCAAAUACCGUUGGCCCGAUUUUGUUCAUAUUUUGUACACAUAUACCCUAUGGAGGUAGAAGUUCUGCUCGAAAGCCGAUUUUCAAAAUGGCUGCUCAAUUCAAAAUGGCGGCCAUUUUAGUGCCGAUUUUACAGUAAUUUAGGUGCAAUAUGUAAAACUGUAAUAGCAAUAUGUUUUAAAUGUAAAAAAAUUAUGAAGGACAUUAAUAAAGCUAUAAAUGUAGACAUUAAAGAAGCACAUGGCAGCCAUCUUGAAAAAUGGCGGCCUUUACUCGUUAUUUUACGAUUUUUGCUAUAACUCGAAAAGUAGUGGAGCGAUUUUGUUCAUAUUUGGUAUGUGAAUACUAUAAGC